CAACAAACCAAAGAAACAAAAAAAACAGAAAACAAAACAAAAUUUGCCCGGUUUUAUCGAUCAUGUUUUGUGAGAAAAGUUUCAUAAACUAAUACUUAUUUGAUAUUUCUUUGAAAACAUAAGAAUAGAAAAUAAUGAAUAUUUCCACAGAUUUCGGACCGGAUUCUGGAGGGCGGGUAAAGGGCCUAACAAUCGUCAAACCACUAGUGUACGGAAAUGUCGCGCGAUCCUUCGGCAAGAAACGCGAAGAAGACGGCCACACCCACCAGUGGACGGUUUACGUGAAACCCUACCACAACGAGGACAUGUCAACCUACGUGAAAAAGAUUCACUUCAAGCUGCACGAAAGCUACGCCAAUCCGAAUCGGGUAGUGACGAAACCACCGUUCGAGGUGACCGAAACCGGUUGGGGAGAGUUUGAAAUUGUGAUCAAGAUUCACUUUCAUGAUCCGACGGAACGGCCGGUCACCAUGUACCACAUCCUGAAGCUGUUCCAGUCGCCGAUACUGGACGGGGAAGUUUCGAACCAGCUGGAGGGCAAAAAGGUGCUGGUCUCGGAGCAGUACGAGGAAAUAGUCUUCCAAGAACCGACCCAGCUGAUGCAGCAGUUGCUGACCAAUGUGCAACCUGUGACGGGUGGCUCGUGGAAGCACGAUACGGAUUUUGAAGAGAAAAAAGUAUCAUCCUUGGAGAACAUAAUCGAAACGAAAGGGAAAGUAAAGUCGGAGAUUACCUUGCUGAAAGACAAGCUCAAACUCGCUCGCGAAACCAUAGAAAAGUUCAAGGCGGAAAUCGCAAAAGUGCAAGGACAACAACCGGCCAGCUGAGAAGGUUUGUAAGUACGACUAUCUAAUUUUAAGAUAUUAUACUGAAUAUCCGUA